AAAAACGAGUUGGAAUUGGAGAGCGGGAGGGGGGAGUCGAUGUACUUCCCCCGAUGCGGUAACAUGUACGUCCAGAACGGUUUCCGCACACACACCGAACAUGCCUAUGCCGCAAAUGCUCCUGGCAACGCGAAAGCGUCCAGCGCCCCCGUUGACAUAAACGAUUUCCACUGCGCGCACGGCCACUCCCACGAGGGGACGACGUUGGUGGGCGAGCUCCGGGAGUGCCUGGGGUGCUCGACGGCGAAGGGGCUUAGCAAGCCCAUCCCCAACAAGACGUCGACCCGAGCAUCGCUGCCUCCCAUCGCAGAGGAGGAGGAGGAAUUCGCGACUGAGGAGGACGAGGUUGGGAAGGGCGCGUCGAGCCAAGGUGGAGGGAGGACAAGGGGAGAACCUGUGGAUGGAGGACCGGGUUUCAACUUUGGCACGACGGCAGCCCAGGGGCCCGCGGGGCCGCCCGCGCGCGUAGCGCCGCCGCCGCCGCGGCCCGCGGGCGACGCUGGCGAUUGCGCCCCCUCGAGCAGGGAGGGCGCGUGCGUCACCCCAUCUACCCCGUCGGCCGGCAUGGCCGAUGUUGUCGGCGGCGAGGACGACCGCCGCAGCAGCGGCAGCCGUGGUAGCAGCGGCAGCCGCAGCGACAGCGACAGCGGCAGCAGCAGCGGCAGCAGCAGCGGCAGCGGCAGCGACAGCGACAGCGACAGCGACAGCGACAGCGACACGGAUCUCCCGGCGCUCUGCGGGCCAGAGGCCCGGCGGCUCGCCUGCUUCGACAUGCCGGCAGAACUCACCAGCCGCCGCACCAGGGAGAACCCUCGCCGAAACCUUCGCAAGACACAGAGCAUCGUGUCUUUGUCUUCGACAAAAGCCGAAUACAUUGCUUCCGGGGAGGCCGUCAAGGCGGCGUUAUUUGUGCGUGCUGUGCUUUGGUGUGUUGCCCCAGAGACCAGUGUUAGCAGCAUCCAGGUCCUUGAGGACAACCAGGGGGCCAUAGCGUUGGUGCAGAACCCCCUCGGCUCAGGUCGCACGAAACACAUCGACGUGAGAUUUCAUUUCAUCCGCCGAUUGCUUAGGUCGGGGGAUAUUUCGGUCAAGUUCGUUCCUACAACGGAGCAACACGCGGACCUCCUAACCAAGGCCCUUAGCAGGGCUAGUCUGCAGUACCACCGGCGUAAGUUGAUGAAUUUGUCGGAGUAGCUGUAGCAGUUUCUAGCACUUGGGAGAGGUCAUGUUUUCCAUGCGGGGAAAGGCGCAUAACUGUUGCGGUCUGUGUACCAAUGGCAGGAGUAGGGGGCGUUGGGAGACCAUCGUCCGGGGGAACGUAGUUCCUCGCGUUGUUGUCUUCGCCUUGGCCUUUCUAGUAAGUGCGGCCGUUGUGAUCCGCUGUGAUAGCGACGGUUUUUGUUGUGUUAAAAGGGUUUUUGUUAAGGGGUUUUGCCCGGACG